AAUGUUUAGUCUGUUCGGCAAUAAAUUUCCUACUUGCGAUGUUGAUAUUGACGUUGAACACGCUGUUGUUGUUUUAUUUGUGGUUGCUGUUUUUGCUGUUGUUGUAUUUGCGGUUGCUGUUGCUGUUGUUGAAGGUGCAAUUGCGAUUGCGGAUGAGCUAUACAAAAUUGUUGCUGAUGCAAAAAUUGAUGAUGCUGAUGCCAUUGGACUUGUUGAAUUUGCAUCGCCUGAAGUUGUUGCGGUUGUAGCUGAAUUUGUGGAUAUUGCUGUGGUUGUAGCUGACCUUGUUGAAUUUGUUGCAUUUGCUGUUGUUGCAUUUGCUGUUGCUGCAUUUGCUGUUGUUGCAUUUGCUGUUGUUGCAUUUGCUGUUGCUGCAUUUGCUGUUGUUGAAUUUGCUGUUGUUGCAAUUUCUGCUGUUGCAGUUGAAUGUGUUGCUGUUUUAUUUGUUCACGCUGUUGCUGCUGAUGCUGUAACUGCUGACGAUAUUGCUGUUGUUGUUGCAGCAGCUGACGUAACAAUUGCUGUUGCUCUUGCAGUUGCAAGCGUUGCUUCUCUUGUUGAUCCUGUUCAGAUUGUUGUGGCUGUUGCUGUUGCUGAUUUCCCUGUUGGUUUUGCUUUAAUUGUUGUAAACGCUGUUCAUAUUGUUGUUGUUGCUGCAAUUGGCGUAUUUCAAGCUUAUUUUGAUAUAGAUAUUGGUGCUGGUUUGCAUAGCUAA